CGAGAAAUGCUACCAACACCAGCAGCAAAAGUGGCCUCAUCAUUGCCAUGCUGCUCGCAUCGAAUAUCCUACUGGCAUGCGGCUGGGCCGCCACAGUAUUGCAAUCUGCAAGACAUCACAGAUCGACAGGGCAGCAGCAUCAUCAAUCAUUAGUGUCUGGAUCGUCAACAACAACACUUCUACCCUCACAUCAGCAACAACAGCAACAACAGCAACGACAACAGAAAGAAAUGGAAGAAGAACAAGAAAUCAACAACGCAAUCGCCAUCCAGCCCACCUUACCCUCCAAACCCGUCCAAUUCCACUGGUAUACAGGCUACAGUUCCCCGAACCGCAGCGUAUCCGACACGCUCUGGGACAACAUCAACACCGCCUACGGCCACGUGGGACUCGACCACACGCUCGCCGCGCAACAACACUGGCCAUAUUCCAUGCCGAUUCCCGGCAACGAAACGAAGGGACUCUAUCUUCUGGAGAGUUAUCAUCAAUUGCACUGUCUCAAGAUUGUGCGGAAACUCUUCUUUGAGUUGCAAGAUCAAAAUCAAGAUGGUAAUGAUCAACGCAAAGAGACGAAGCUGAGCUAUCCCGUGCAACAUGCGAGACACUGUUUCGAUGCGUUUCGACAAUUCAUCAUGUGUCAUGCGGAUAAUACCCCCUUGUAUACCCUGGGACGGCACACGAGUGGAGACGGACAGUGGCACAUGUGUAAGGAUUGGAGUGCGUUGCGGAGGUAUGCACACGAGAAAUCGGCGUGUUUUCGCGAUCGCACCGGCAAUGAGACGUUGCGAGAGCAGUUUGGGCAUUGUGGCAACGGGGAUGACGAUGAUGAUGGAUUGCUGUUGGAUCCUGAGGUGUUGGAUUUGACUGUAGAAGUUUCACGCGUGAGUCGUGCCCGGUAGGUACAUGUAGGCCGGAGUUAGGGGAGAUCAGAAAUAAUCCAUAAUACCUUAAUGCUGCUGCUGUAUUGCGCCUUGGCACGUAUCCUCGCCUGCUCUCGGGAAAAAGGUCUUCCGGUCCUGGACGAUAGACGUGACAUGUGUUUGUGUGGAGCGCACCUCAAUGCAAGGUACGGUAUCGAUCGUGGUGCACCAUUGAGAGGGACCACGACCGUUGAGCAAGGCGCCUGUUGCUCGAGUGGCGGACGAGGUCUGGACCUGUGGUUGGCAAUGCUCGAUGCAGGUGAGCGUUCAUGCGAGAAGCAGCAUCGAAGAUGUCGAGUGCUCGUUGACAGACUCGUGACAUAUGGCGCCUGUUAUUGGGAGUGGUGGGCUUGGCGUGGUCGUGACCAGCUAGUGCACUCACUGUGGUAUAGCGCGAGUCAUAAGGGCCAGUGCGGCCAUGUGUACUAAUGCAGCACUGAAACUGCCGACGAGUUGAGUCAGCGACGCAGUUCUCGAACGUGAACCAGACUUUGAAUGCGCCCUCUUUCCAAUGCAGUGGGCGAACGCACGUUCGCCAUACAUUCUCCUGGCGUGUGAGACCGACACACAACCCCAGUGACAUGCAUGAAUCCCCCUAGGAGGAAAGCUCGCGUGGCCGCACGGAUCAGUCUGAAGCCAGAAACCCACCAGAUCUGGGCCAACACGUUCGAGACAGCUUGCCUAGCGAAGGGUGGACUGUCGACUCAGCUCUUCGAUCGAUAUUGAUCUUUUGCAUACUGUGGCCAUCGCCAACCAUCGACCAUGUCGAACCCGCAUCCAGACACUGUCAAUGGCUUUUCGGGCUGAAAAAUGAUGACAGAUUGUGCCUGGUUGUUUUUGCGUCCAAUGCUGCUGCUGGGCUUGCAAAUUUCGGCUCGACUGCGUGGUGUACGCGUGUGUCUACAUGUAGCGAGUACAUGAGGAGGGAGAGAGAUAUAAGACCAUCCAUGCAAUCGCAAAAGUGAUUAUCCAUCGCAGUCCAGCACCAGCAGCACCAGCAACAGCAGCACUCUCCUCAGCAACAGGCAUCAACUCAGCUCCUCAGCUCCAUCCCCACCAGCAAAAUGUUGUUCAACGUCCUCCUCGCUGUUCUGAGCGUCAGUGCUCCAGGCGCCGCUGCCUUGCCCCUUCUCGAUGGCGUCCUGGCCAGUGUUGCUGGUAUGACUGGCACUCACAUCUCCGGAUCUGGGGUUCUGGGACCAAAUGGUGCUCUUGCGGCCACUGUCGACGCCGCAGGCAACACCGUCGCCGUCCGUGGUGCCAUUGCUGGCACGGUGGGAGCAGUCACUGGCACUGUCGGUGCACUCACUGGCACGGUCAGCAGUGUCGUCGGCAGCGUUCCGGCUCUGUGUCAGUCUACUCUCGCAUCACCUCUCGUGACUCCAUGCCGUUGCUGACGUCUGAUGCCAUCUAGUGACUGCAAAAUGCGACUCAUCCACCUGGAAGUGCACCGUCACCGCAUCUGGCGAGAUUGAGAAUCUGCUCACCGACGGUGGCAACUUCAGUAAGUUCACAGUGUGCUAUUCCA